AUGGACGUGGAGAUCCAGCGGCCGCGGGAGGUGGGCAGCUGCAGGGUGGUCAAGGUGGACAAGGAGGCCGCCUGGGAGCUCUUCACCACCCAGGCCGCCAACGAAGGCCGCACUGUCGCCGCUCACUUUGGGGCGUCGUGGUGCGUCACGUCCCUGUCCAUGAACUACAAGUUCGAGGAGCUCGCCCAGACCCACCCAGACAUGCUCUUCCUCUUCGUCGACGUCGAUGAUGUCCCGGGCGUGUCUUCCAAGCUGGGGGUGAAGGCCAUGCCCACCUUCUUCCUCAUCAAGGCCAAGGAGGUGGUGAAGAAGAUCGUCGGUGCCAACCCGGACGAGCUCCACAAGAUGGUGGACGCCUCCGACGACGAUUCGCUCGGCUCUGCUGUGACCACUCUCCCUGACAUAGUCAUCGAAAAAUAG